ACGAAAAACAAAUUAUACGAUUCUAUAUGUAUAUUUUUUCCUUUUACAGAAUUUUACACAUAAUGAAAACAUUCAAUAAUUUUCAUCACAUAAGAAUUUAAAUUAGAACUCAAAAUCUAAUCAUAUUCUUUCCUAUGAGAGCUGUCAACGAGUCAUUUUUUUUUCGUUCAAUGUCGUUGGCUGACUGACGUUUCUGUUCUUUUUUUUUAUCCACUAAGUUCUAUAACCUUAUUAUAAUGUAUCAUUCAAGUUUCAGUAAUACACUUAAUUUAUUUUCAUGAAGUAUAAUAUAAUGACAAGUUUUUGGAAAAAAAUAGUCAAUUAAAACGAAGAGAUAAAUCAUAAAAAAUAUUUCUUAUACAAGAAACACUAGUCUGGCGGGUACCUGGAUGGUUCACUAGGCUGACAGCUCUGUUUUCUACACUAAGCAAUAAAUAAUAUUUUAAAUGUACAGCAACAACAACAACAUAUGCUAUUGUUAUUAAUGAGAUAUAACAUAAAAGUUUCAUAGAUUAAUAAUCUAUUAUUUUUAAUAGGUGCAAUGGAAAAUUUUGGAUGUAUUUUAUAUCGUGAAACACGACUUUAUUACAAUAAUCGUACAUCAACAUCAAAAAAUAAACAAGAUAUUGCAUUAGUUAUUGCUCAUGAAAUAGCACAUCAAUGGUUUGGUGAUCUUGUAUCACCAUCAUGGUGGGAUGAUUUAUGGUUAAAUGAAGGUUUUGCUAAAUGGAUGGAAUUUGUUUAUACAGAUAAAAUUCAUCCUGAAUGGGAUUUAUAUGAACAAUUUAUUGCUUAUCGUUGGUUAUCUGUUAUGCAAAAUGAUGCUAUUUCAUUUUCACAUCCUGUUAAUAUGAAAAUAACACAUAAUGAACAAUUAACAAGUAUUUUUGAUGCAAUAACUUAUUCAAAAGGUUCAUCAUUAUUACGUAUGAUGAGAAAUUUUAUGGGUAAUAAUACAUUUAAUCGUGGUAUAUCAAAAUAUUUAUCACAACAUAUAUAUUCAACAGCAACACAAAAUGAUUUAUGGAAAGUUUUAGGUGAACAAAUGUCUGAAGAUAAUAUUCAAUUACCAUUAAAUACAAGUUUAAGUGAUAUAAUGAGUACAUGGACUGAUCAAAUGGGUUAUCCAUAUGUUGAAAUAAUACGUGAUUACGAUAAAAAUUUAAUAAAAAUAAGUCAAAAACAAUUUUUAUUUGAUUUUGAAGCUCAACCAUUAAAAUCACCAUAUAAUUAUAUAUGGUCAAUACCAUUAAAAAUUAAAUCAUCAUCAUCAUUACAAACAAAUAUAAUAUGGUUUUCAAAAUCUAAUAUGAAUAUGACAAUAAAUAUUCCAUCAAAUGAAUGGAUUUUAGUUAAUCCUGAUUUAUUAGGAUUUUUUCGUACAAAUUAUGAUAAAGAAAAUUGGAAGAAAAUUAUUCAACAAUUUAAAAUUGAUCAUAAAAAAUUUUCUAUUGUUGAACGAGCUGGUCUUAUUGAUGAUGCAUUUAAUUUAGCACGUCCAAAUAUUCUUCCAGCAUCACUUGUUUUUGAAUUACUUGAAUAUAGUAAUGUAGAAGAUUCAUAUAUUGUUUGGGAACGUAUUCUUGCAGGUCUUCAAUAUAUUGAACAAAUGAUUGCAUCAAGUAGUUCAGGUCUUUAUUUAUAUGAACGUUUUCGUUCAUAUAUGGUUGAUCUUAUUUUACCUAUUUAUAAUAAACUUGGUUGGCAAGAUAAUUCAUUAACAGAUAAAUGGCUUGAUACACUUCAUCGUGAUAUGAUUAUAUCAACAGCAUGUCGUUAUGAUCUUGAUCGUUGUAUACAACGUGCACAAGAUUUAUUUGAACAAUGGUUUAAUUCACCAUCAAAUAAUACAAUUGAAGCUAAUCAACGACCUGUUGUCUAUUGUACAAGUAUAAGAUUAGGUGAUCGAGCAAGAUUUCAAUUUCUUCUUCGUGAAUAUCAAGCAUCAAAUGAUCCACAAGAAAAAGCACGUAUACAAACAGCAUUAACAUGUACAAAAGAUAUAGAAUUAAUACGAUAUUUACUUCAUAUACAUAUAAAUCCUGAACAAAAUAUAAUACGUCGACAAGAUGUUUUAAAUGGUAUUCGAUCAAUAUGUCGAAAUUUCAUUGCUGAAACAGAAUGUUGGACAUUUGUACAUGCAAGAUGGACACAAUUAUUUCGAGAUCAUGGUGAUUCACUUAAUUUUGCUGAAUUAAUUAAAGAUGUUACAGGAAGAUUUAAUACAUUAUUACAAUUAGAAGAAUUUGAACGAUUUUCUGAACAAACAACUGAUAAAGGUGCAGCUGAAGCUGAAUUUAGAGCAUCGAUUGAACGUAUUCGUGCAAAUAUUCAAUGGGUUAGUAAAUCAAAACGAAAUUUAGAAGAAUGGUUUUUAAAUCAAACACUUGCAAUUCGUCUUCCACAUGAUUGGUUUCCAUCAAAAUAUCAACUUUAUUUUGAUGUUUUUCUUCAAUCAACAUAUCCAAAUAAUGAAGAACCUAAUACAACCUUUACAGGUCAUACACGUAUACGUAUACGUUGUAGACGUUCAACAAAUGAACUUCGUAUACAUAUGAAACAAUUACGUUUAUCAUAUGUUAUAUUAACACGUAUUGGUAAAAAUAAUAAUCUUAUUAGUGAUUGGACAUUAGUUUUAUCAUCAGAAGUUCUUUUAUGUCGUUUAAGAGAACGUUGUAUUAAAGAUGAAGAAUAUGAAUUUGAAUCAUUAUAUUCAGCAGAAUUAGAUAGAGAAAUGGCAGGAUUUUAUUUAAGUAGAUAUAAUGUUACUGAUACAAUGACAGGACAAAUUAUUACACAUAAUAUUGGUGCAACACAUAUGCAGGUAAAUUAA